AUGACAGGAACCAUGAAGCUCGCCACAUACCUGUUCAAGCGUCUCCAGCAGCUGGGCGUCGACUCCAUCCAUGGUGUCCCCGGCGACUUCAACCUCACUCUGCUCGACUACGUCGAGCCCGCCGGCCUGCGAUGGGUAGGAAGUGCCAAUGAGCUCAAUGCGGGAUACGCGGCAGACGGCUAUUCUAGAAUCAAGGGCAUCGGCGCCAUUGUCACGACAUUUGGUGUCGGCGAACUGUCAGCCAUCAAUGCCAUUGCGGGGGCCUUUUCAGAGAGAGCGCCUGUGGUUCACAUUGUUGGCGUUCCCAGCCGGCCCAUGCAAGAUGACCGCGUCCUCCUCCACCACAGCAUGAAGGAUGGCGAUUUCACCCGGUUUGCACAGGCACACGCCCUUUUUACAGUUGCUCAGGCUCGUCUCUGGGACCCUCGAACCAGCGCUGAGCAGAUCGAUGAGGUCCUGAGACAGUGUCUUCACCACAGCCGUCCCGUCUAUAUCGAGGUGCCUGUCGAUAUGGUAUCGGCGCAGGUCUCGGAAGAGCGAUUGUCUCAGCCUCUGCAGCUGAUUCAGCUCGAACCUACCAGGAACCAGGACCGCCUCAUCAACAGGGUACUGGACAAGAUUCACUCGGCCAAGCAGCCAGUCAUUCUGCUGGACGGCGAGAGCAGAGGAAUCGGCAUUGUCCAAGAUGUGCAGGAAUUCUCCAAGGCGACCGGCUGGCCGACGUAUGUUACUGGAUUUGCCAAGGGACUGUUGGACGAGACGGAGCCGAAUUUCCAUGGCAUCUACAAGGCAAAGUUUGGUGAGGCGGCUGCUGAGACAUUUCUCAAAGAGGCUGACUUGAUUCUUUGCUUCGGCCCCCAUUUCAGCACGACGAACACGUACGGUAAUGCUGCCCUACCCAACACCGCCACUACCAUUUCCUUUAGCCACAACGAGACUGUCUUUCAAGGCGAGCUGAUUCGCGAUACGCCCGCCAAAUACCUUGUCCCCAAGAUUCUCCAGCGCGUGGAAAUAGCCAAAACCAAAAGCGUCUACACCACAUACCCCGAUCUUCCCAGAGACUCCCUUCUGGCCUUUUCUGAGGUCUCCGCGGAUGCGCCGCUAGCUCAUGACCGUCUCUGGAACGUUGUUGGCAAUUUUCUUCGUCCAGGUGAUAUUCUCAUGGGCGAAACCGGUACAUCUAGCUAUGGCUCGCGCCUUGUGGCGCUACCAAAGCACGCCCGCUACUUUACUCACGUAACAUGGCUUUCCAUCGGUUACAUGCUUCCAGCCGCACAAGGCGCUGCCAUGGCUACCGAGGAACUCAUCAAGGCAUCCAAGUUUCAUCAGGAUGUCAAAGAGUCGCGAACCUUUUUGUUCAUUGGAGACGGCAGUUUCCAAAUGACAACACAAGAGCUUGCCACAAUCAUUAGACAUAACCUCAAUGUGAUUGUUGUGCUCGUCAACAACGACGGCUAUACCGUGGAGCGUUGCAUUCAUGGCAAGGAUGAGACAUACAAUAGCGUGCCCGCCUGGAACUACCUCAAGGCACCAGCAUUUUUCGGCGCCAGCGACGCUUACACGGCCACCGCGCGAACAUACGGAGAACUUGAAAAGGUAUUCAGCGACGAGAAGCUCACGGAUGGCCAGGGUCUGCGCAUGGUUGAGAUUUUCCUCGGCCGUGAUGACGCACCGCAGGGUCCUCUUUUUGACUACAUGGAAGUUCAAAAGGCUGGCAAUGGCAUCCUAGUUGAAAAGGAAGAGCUUGUGUAG